AUGGCCACGCUCACCGGCGGCCCCUCCGCCCGGAAGGGCGGCGCCAUGUUGGGCGACGAGCACGAUUACCGCUUCAAUGAUAUAGGCACGGAGGUCCUUGACAACGGCAAUGCUCGGCGCCACGGCCCGCGGGUAGCUCCACUGUUCUUGCGCCACCGCGGCCUUUCUCCUUCCGGGGCCAUGCCAGGGGACGUGUCAUUGGCUCUCUCGGCGCCCAGGGCUGAAGCUGCUCUUCCCUCCUCCCCGGACCAGUUCAACCAGUUCAUGCUGAUGGCUUUCGCUGGAAAUGAUGACGCUUCCGUUAUGGGUGUGAUGGAUAUGCAGGCUGAGCUGCAGGAAGCCAUCGAAGCUCAUGACGCACGGCCCUUCGCAGCUGAUGAGACGGAGGACACCAUGGUCGACAACUGCGUGCAGGAUCCGCUCGGACUCAGUCAUUGUUUCCUCUUGCAUGCCGGGGAGAAGCUCCCUCUGUCCCUCUGGGGCCUGGGCCUGGCGGUGCACAGCGGUGAUGAGCAGCGCUUCGGGCUGAGCCCGAAGGUCGGAGAGUGCCCCACGGAGCAGAAGGCGGCUGCCCUGCGCGGCGCCCAUGUCCCUGUGGUCACCGCGGCCAGCGGGCUCACCAGCGCCGCCCCCGGCAGCGGGCUCGCCCCAGCGAGCGAGGAGCCAGACCUGGCCAUCCCGCACUUGUCUGCCGAGACGCCCACUGGGUCGAGGGGGCUGGACCACGGUGACCACGGUUUCCAGGACGUGGACCAGCUGCUCGCCGUGGCAUCGCCGCAGGGCCACCUGGACGUCGAUGAUGCCGUGGCCGAAGAUUCUGGCUCCGACGGCAACGACUCCGGGCUGGAGGGCACCGCCAAGCUGCUAGAGGGGAAGGACGUGACUGGCGCCAAGAAGCGCCGUCGGCACCACGACGAGUUGGCCAAGGUGCUGAGGGCGGAGAUGGCUCACCAGGGUACCCUGCCACUCACCCCAGGAGAGCUCGCGGGAGAGUCGACGGCGCCGUCCUCGACGCAGACGCCGCAGACACGUCCACGCUCGGCGGCAGGCGUUCGAGGGCCUGGCUCCGAGAUCCAGAUCCAGGAUCAGCACGGGUCCGUGUUUGACUCGCCAGGCGACGACGAGGUCGUCGCCGCGCCGCCUGCGCCCCUGGAGCCGUCUGCUCCUGCGGGGCAGCCGCCCGCGCUCUCCCGCGGGAUGAGCUCUCAGGAGGAGUCGUUGCCCAAUGGCGCGCGGGUGCGCUUGCAGAACAUACGCUCCUCGCCACAGCUCAACGGCGUCGCCGCAACGGUGAUCAGGUUCGACAGAAUCGACGGUCACUACGUCGUGGAGCUAGAGGAGGCAGAGGGGAGGCCCCAGAAACAGGUGCAGGUGCCGCGCGCCAAGCUCAAGGCCGUGCUCGAGACCCCGCGGGGCCGAUUGCCGAACCAGGCCAUGCACCUGGGGAUCCCGAGCAGCAUCGACCACACCGACCAGGAAAUCCUCACACCGCACUCUAAGCAGACGCUGCUGACCGCGAUGUCGUUGAGGACCGAGGAGAGCAAGACGUUAGGCUUCCGCCUCGGCUACUGGUCCAACUCCCCCGUGCUGGCGGCCAUGAAGGGCUAUUCCAGGUUAGUGGUCGCCUGCCCCUGCUGCAUGAUCGUGUUGUACAUCGUGCUGGUCUGCUUGACGAUCGUGGUGUUCUGGCGGCCGUUUGAGCUCGAGAUGGAUUUCAGCGCCUUCAUCAGCGCAGACGGCGACGCGUCCCGGCAGAGGCAUGCCUACCUGGCGGCCCUGGACGAAAAGAAAGCGCCCACGAGCAGCAGGCGGCUCCAUGAGGUUGGCGAGGCCAGCUCCCUGUCGGACGUCGACGAUGGCGAGCUUGGCGUUGGUCGGCGCCUUUUCGCGAAACGGGUCGUCAAGAGGCAGCUGACCGUGGUGUACUCCGCGAAGGACGGACGCGCCUUCGAAGAGAAGGUCCUGCGGGACAUCCACAGCCUCGAGACACGCUUGAGAGCCGAGCUCGCAGACGUUUGCUCGAUGAGUGUCCACUCAUCCAGCAUGGACAACGUAGCGAAGUGCAAUCCGGGCAUCACCUUCGACAUGUUCGCUUGGCCAACUCAGACGCAGCUGGGCGCCUACUCCACCCGCGGCAACUUCGAG